GAUUGAGCACAGCAACACAUCCGAUGUACACCCGACUUUUUCCAGGAAUAAACAAGAAUAUUUUCCAUUCUCUUUAUACAAACUCCCAAAUGAAAUUAUGACAGAAGAUUCAGGGAACGUCACUGCUGUUUAAGUGCCCCAUCGUGUUUGUUUUACUUUAUAUCUACGAUUUCAAGGAGUAAAUCGGACACAGAUAUAUAUGAGAAAAAGAAUGAUGGCCUGGCACUAGCAGUUGUGGUCCAGUCUGUGUGAGCUGGUGGACGGCUCUGGGUCUGGUGUGAGAGAGACAGAGUGAGGAAGAGUGUGUGGUGAUGAAGGCGGGACAGAAGAAUGCUGUGUGUAUCAUGUCUAGUCGAGAGCGAGGAGCACAAUGCCUCGGCUCUCACAGGAUCCUACAGCAGUUUGUGGAGGAUAAGACACAGCGCAUGAAAUGGCAGAGUCAGAAAGUGGAGUUACCAGACAGUCCUCGCUCAACCUUUCUUUUGGCCUUCAGUCCCGACAGAUCUUUAAUGGCUUCCACCCAUGUGAACCACAACAUAUACAUCACAGAGGUUAAGACAGGGAGGUGCGUUCACUCUCUGGUGGGUCACCACCGUACGCCCUGGUGCCUGACCUUUCAUCCUUGCAUUCCUGGUCUCAUUGCCUCUGGCUGCCUGGAUGGAGAGGUCCGAAUCUGGGACCUGCAUGGUGGCAGUGAGAGCUGGUUCACAGAGAGUAACUCAGCGAUCGCAUCUCUUGCUUUCCAUCCUACGGCUCAGUUGCUGCUCAUUGCCACCAACAAUGAACUUCACCUAUGGGACUGGAGUCGGAGAGAGCCCUUCGCUGUGGUGAAGACUGCUAGCGAGACUGAGCGAGUCAGGUUGGUGAGAUUUGACCCAUUGGGUCACUACCUUCUGACUGCCAUUGUAAACCAUUCAAAUCAACAGAAUGACGAUGAUCCUGAAAUUCCAAUGGACAGUGUGGAGAUGCCACAUUAUCGUCAUCGUUCCUUCUUACAGUCCCAGCCUUUAAGGCGCACACCCAUCUUGCACAAUUUUUUGCAUAUCCUCACUUCACGUAACUCAGCUCCUCAGGCCAGAGGUACUCUCCCUGCUGCAUCUGAAGAGGCCUCUGAUUCGUCAGGCCUCUCUUCUGGACAUUACACUGGUUUGAGGGAUCGUUCCCGGCUGCCAUACCAUGGCUGUGUUCAGCCACUUGGAAUGGUGUGUUUCUGCAGCCGUUGUUCAGCAACACUGGCUCCAUCGCCACCUGAUGAUGACCCUUCAGACUCCUCCUCCCUUGAGGGGCAAUCACAUGCAUCUACCUUUACUUCUGCACGCACAGAGCCACGGUUGCCAACUGAGUCUCGUCCUGCUAAUCGGUCCUCAGCAUUCAGCUGCAUAUAUGGAGGCGGGAACAAUUUACGGAACCUAUCUUCCAGCUCUGGGAGGAGGGGCGUGGCUGGAAUGGUACCCAACCCACCUUUCCGGCAGCAUCCACUAAGCAGGGAAGGUGGAGGGCGUCUCCUUGGGGCAGAUUGGACAGGCAGUGUGCUUAAUGGACGAGGUGGUAACAUGCCUCCUCCCAGAACCAGUGCUUCUUCUGUUGGUCUGCUCCCUACUCUGCGACAACACAGGACUUCCAAUCAAUCGCCUGUUUAUACCUCUGCUAGUGAUGGAUGUGGCUUUCCUCCUCCAGGAACAGGGGCUCAUAACAGCAACAGCACAUCAGGGGCUAGUUCCAGCAGGCACCGCCCGCUGGGGGAUGAGGAGCACAGCAGCCCUGCUUCCAUUCGCAAUGUUCUGCAAUGUAAUCUUAACCGCUAUUUUAUGGAGUAUGAGCACAUGCAGGACCUUGCACAGCCUCUAGAGGGCAUUAAUAGGGAGAGCAGUAGUCAGGACCAGCAGACUCCGGAAAUGCUGAAUAACAACAUGGAUCCAGAGCAGCCAGGCCCAUCUCAUUACCAGCCAUCUAACAGUGGAGAAAACCCCUCUUACAGUCACUUGAAUCGCUGUAGAGUCUGCCACAACCUCUUCACCUACAAUCAGGGUACUCGGCGUUGGGAGAGAACAGGUCAGCCAGCAUCUGGUGAGCAACCUACUAGUCCUGCCAUUCACAGCUUGGCCUCAACCUCUCAGUCUGAUCUCCACCUCCCUGAACGCAGACCCAUGGAGUCCAGCACAGGUGUCCCAGAACCUGACAUACCCAUCUCCCGCAGCAUUGCUACUGGUCCGCAUCAGGAGCAGGCGGUUGGGCUGGUCUUCAACCAUGAAACUGGACAGUUGGAGCGUGUUUACAGGCAGUCUGCCACCUCUCGCUCAACGAAUGUAUCACAAGAUGCCUUAAACCAGGAAAUGCCUGAAGACACACAAGACGAUGAUUACCUACGCAGGAGGCUUCUGGAGUCGUCCCUGAUGUCUCUUUCCCGAUAUGACAUCUCUGGAUCACGGGACCAUCCCAUCUAUCCUGACCCUGCCAGAUUGUCUCCUGCAGCAUAUUAUGCACAGCGUAUGAUCCAGUAUCUGUCUCGGCGUGACAGCAUUCGGCAGCGCUCUCUCCGUCACCCCAGCAGACCCCGACCCUUCUCCUCUAAUCCAGACAACCUCUCCCUUGGCCCCGCCCCCAACGUAGAGAACAACGACGUUGAAUUUGAAGAGUUCGAGGACAAUGGAAGCAGACACAGGGCUCCCCGUAAUGCACGUAUGUCUGCCCCCUCCCUCGGUCGCUUUGUCCCCAGGCGGUUCCUCUUGCCUGAGUUUUUGCCAUAUGCUGGAAUCUUCCAUGAGAGAGGGCAGCCAGGCCUGGCAACUCACUCAUCCGUCAAUAGAGUCCUCGCAGGUGCUGUAAUUGGGGACGGUCAAUCUGCAGUGGCCAGCAACAUCGCUAAUACCACCUAUCGUCUGCAGUGGUGGGACUUCACCCAAUUCGACUUGCCCGAAAUCAGUAAUGCAUCUGUAAACGUGUUGGUGCCCAACUGUAAGAUCUACAAUGACGCAAGCUGUGACAUCUCAGCAGACGGACAGCUGCUGGCUGUAUUCAUUCCAAGCAGUCAAAGGGGUUUCCCUGAUGAGGGGAUGUUGGCUGUGUACUCUCUUGCUCCACACAACCUGGGAGAGAUGCUCUACACCACGAGAUUUGGUCCAAAUGCUAUCUCUGUCAGCUUGUCUCCGAUGGGUCGUUACGUGAUGGUAGGUCUGGCAUCUCGCCGUAUCCUGCUGCACCAGAUCAGUGAUCAUAUGGUGGCACAGGUCUUCAGACUGCAGCAGCCCCACGGUGGAGAGACGUCCAUGAGGAGGGUGUUUGAUGUGGUGUAUCCAAUGGCCCCUGACCAGCGGAGGCACGUCAGUAUUAAUUCUGCUCGUUGGCUGCCAGAACCAGGGCUUGGACUUGCUUAUGGAACCAACAAAGGAGAUUUGGUUAUCUGCAGACCUGUUGAUGUGGAUUCAGAUGGCAGCAGCACUUCUGAACACUCUGAGACAAUGUUCACCAUCAAUAAUGGUGGAAGAGUAGGCACCAAUAACAGCAGGGGUGGAGAGAGGGCACGGAACAACAGGACUGAUUGGCGGUCACACAGAGAGAUGGGCCUGAUGAAUGCGAUUGGUCUCCAGCCACGACACCCGGCCCCCACUGUUACAUCACAGGGGACGCAGACUCUACAGCUACAGAACGCAGAGACGCAAACGGACUAUGACCUAGUGGAUGAACCCCAGCAGCCCAGCACUUCUCAGGGGUCACAGGUCAAUGAUGACUCCCUGGAUUUAGAGACUCUGCCAGAGGACUCUGGGUCUGAGGUGGUACCAGAGACGCCGCCCCACAGUCGACCUCAGGAAGAUGAAGGGUCAGAUCCCACUGAAAACAGCACAGAUGACUUGGGUGACUCCCACAUGCUUCUACACUUUUGACUGAUCUUCUGCUGCAGCUAUUGAUACUAUAAACUACAGUCUCAUGCAAAUCUUGUGUGAUGUUCAGAUUGUUGGGCUUAUGGGCAGAAGAAUGAACAAUUUCUACACAGAACGACUUGAAUCCAGGAUUUACACUGAUAUUUCCUUACAAGUUAUAAAAACUAAGACACAGAGGCCCACAGUCCAUUUUUUAGGGCAAUACAUUUAAAGACUCUGCCAAGACGGCACCCUAAAGUCUGAAUCAACCCUGUGGAAAUUAGACUAAAUGCACAUCUGCCUAACCUUAUCCGUAUUGAGAACAAAGGUAGAUCUGUGGACGUACCAAGACCCCUCCUCAUGCGUGUUGUAAAUCAGAAAUACCCUAAAUGUUAAUGUCAUCACAUGACGUAUACGGCCAUCUCGGCCAUCUCAGCAAGGAGACCCUCAACCUUAAAGGGCAGAGGUUAUAGUCAGUAUAAUCAUCUGCUAAAAAUCAUGAGACAUCCUCUCUGAUCAUUAUUCUGCAAACAGCAGCUUAAAAGGAUCUAUGAACUUUUGACACAAUUGCUGAACUCACUCAGAUCUGACUUUACACUCACAACGUACAUAACAUGCAUCACAUGAUGCCUAACUGUGGUUAGAAUCAUAGAAUGUAUUAUUCUGACCUUGUGCUUACAUUAUGCACACUUAUACAAUCUAUAAUGAUGUAUAUUCAAAUUUUUAAUGUGUAGUGAAUUAACCACAAAGAGUAUGUCAUGUUUCAUAUGUAAAUGCUGUUUACGUAGAGAAUGUUGGUGUUAACAAAUGUCAUGUCUCUUGCACCGAUUUCAUUAUAUAAAAGUCAGGAUAAAAGUAUACUCUUUUUCUGAGAGGGAAAACUGAGGAAACUUGGAACAAAGAAUCAUAAAUUCUUUAUCUUGAGGGGAGGACACUUUGACCAGAGGCCUUCUGAAAAGCCGCCUCUGAUUGGCUUAGAGCCAAUUAUUCGGGGUGUGACCAAACAGAAAUGGUUAAAAGACCAGCCUGGACAACCCCUCACCCACUUCUCUGCUCUACGUCUUACACUUCGACCUCUGUCCCAGGAAGUCCCGAGUCUCCCUUGUGGGAGGCCUCGCUUCCGAGGCUCUGCCUGGUCAUUCCAUCACCCGUCCAUCGAACCAAACAAUGGCCUCCUGGAACUGAACCAAGCCAAAUGACUUCAAAGAACUCCAUACGCCAAACAACACACGCAAUGCAAGUACAGACUUCCAGACUUUCACUGAAAUCUGGUACUUUCUUUAAUAUAAUUUGAGUAACCCAAUCUCAAAUCACGGCAUACUAAAGGAGUUCUCUUUAAGAGCAUCAUUCCAGCACCAAACUAUCCGGCAUCCACGAUCUUAAACAGAGGUCCAAAACAUCAGUGGAGCACAACCAGAAUGUUCUAUGUACCCAGCCAAAGAACCAAAGCAAGCAAUGAAACGCAAGUACACCUCCAGACUUUUGCUAGAAAGUGCUGGUGUUUCAUUUAUUUAAAUACUUCGGGUAACCCGAUUGCAAAUCAAGGUAUACUAAAUGAAGUAUCGAUGGUUCGCAGGGCAUGAUCUAUAUAUUCCAUAAAGUGAAAUUUUCUCUGUUACAGAUAAUUUCCAUUCACCUUCUGUUACAGCUCACUCACCAGCCUGUUUUAUGUUUGUCUAUGUGUGUUAGUUUAGUUUUAUGUUGUAGAAUAGCAAUAAAGUCUUGUUUGCAUUAAAAACAUUUUUUUAAAUGUAUUUUAUCAAAUCAUAUUGGUCCCUAAAAAUUUGUCUAUCCUAAAGCUGCAUGCUCAUAAACAUUGUUUAUAUCUAUUUGUGAUAUUAUUUUCAAUCACAUUGAAAGUAUUAUUACUGUAUGAAUUAACAUUACGUUCAGAUCAACUUAUUGCUGGCCGAAGACUUUGAUCUAACGUAAAGAUUAAUUCUUGUAUUAUUCCCCAAAUCAAGAUUCCCUUUGAGCUAAAUUCCUUGCAUUAGUGGUUGGAAAAUGAUGCAGGUGUAAGCUUACAGCCAUAAGAUAACCAUUAAUCAAAUUCCCUACAGUUAAUUGGUGAUGAAUGCUGGCAGUUGUAAAUAUACCCGGUCACAAAUUCGCUGAUUCCCUACAAGAUGUUAUUAGAUCCAUUAUUAGAAACUGAAUAUAAAACUUGUCAGUCUCUAAGCAAGGAUACUUUUCUCUUUAGCCUUGUGAUGCCACUGAGCUGACUUCAGAUCAGUGCUGACUGCUGGGGGAUUAUGCCUCUAGCAUAAGUAGAUUAUAUUCGAAUGAUUCCAGAACUGUGCUGAUUGCUUUGAGUUAGAAGAAGCAGAGAUAGUGUUCACUGUGCUCUGUUGGAGUAGGUUAACUCUGGCCCUGAGACACCUUUGAAAACAAGACUGAAAAAAUGAUCUGUCAGUAAAUAUUAAGAUUCUCAAACAGGGAGAGCAUGCUUAGGCAUUUGCUUUAAGCUUCUGUGGAUGUGGCACAAUGCUGUAAUUCAAGAUUGUUUGUUGCUAGUCUUCCUUGUUGAAGUGGUCUGGAGAGACAUAAACAGGAAUGAGAUUUGUGUGAACUGAGGCAAAAGCCACACAUGUCAGGGGAGCAGCAACAGGAAUGGUGUUUUGGACUUCUGCAGUCUUUGAGCUCUUACAUUUUGUUUUUUAGGAUUUUUAAAGGAAUAUGUCACCCAAAAAAGAAAAUAAGCGCUAUGAGAGUAGCUCGUUCACGGUGGCUCACUUGUUCACAUUAAAAAGUUGAACGCGUGCCACUGUGAACGAGCUUUUCCCAUGAAUGUGCUAUGGUCGUUGAAAUUUUUCCUAAAGGAUGACUUAAAUUUCAGGUUGUUUUUCACCUGUCAUAUGCUUUAGGAAGACUUGGAAUAUAACACAUGAGUUGCAUGGAAUACUUUUAUGAAACUUUUGGCUCUGUUUUUAAGCUUUAAAGUGAGGCUCUAUCCACUGCCAUUGUAUUGAAAAUAGGGGCUGUGGUAUUCAUUUAACAUCUUGUGUUCCACAUAAGAAAGAAAAUUUGGAACAGCAUAAGGGGAAUUAAAUUAUGACAGAUUUGUUUUUAAUUUUUGGGUAAACUGCAUAUUCAUUCAAAGGUGCGGUCACAUUACUGUACACUUCACACUCUGUUCGCUUCCAUUCAAACGUACAGGAGAACGGAAAUGCAAGUUCAUGCGGGGAAUAAAAUUGCAUUCCGCCGCAUACAAAAUUUCAAGCUUGGUGAAUUCUGACCUACAAAUCUGGAUGACGAGAAGACGUGUGACCAAUAGAAGAUCAGAAUGUCACAUGCUAACCUCUUGGCUCAAUUCAAAGAAUGCAUACUUUAUUUCAGAGCUGUGUGUUUUUAUUGUUGCAGGAAAGUGAAUAGACAGUAUAUUUUAACAUUUGAUAAUUCUAUUUGUUAUUUUUUAAAACAAGAAGCCCUUGCAAGCAGCCUUUGCAGUGCCGUAAUUAGGACCUCUCCAUCUCAGAGUCAGCCAACACUCUGUGACAGGUGAGGUGGCAGUAGACAUAACUUUAACAAAUAUCAAUUUCAUGGUAUGAAUCACACACCCAUGUAACCUUUUAAUGCACCCACACACACUCACACUUCAUCAUCAUCCAGGCAAGUAUGAAAACACAACUGCCAAAACUGGUGAGUAUAGAGCUGUAGAGGCACAAUGCUAUUAUGCAAGAGCUUCCUUGCUGUAGGGUCUAUUCAACUAAAACUGAGAAGUGGCUAAUUGCUGUUAUGGAUCCAAGACUGCAUAGGGCUCAUUAUAAGAGAAAGACUCCAUGGAUGAGGGAGGGAGAGAGAGAGGCCUGCUGCCAUACAGCAUUCUGCAGCAGCACACAUACAUAAAUACAUACACAUUGCCAGGCUAAUCAAUGUCAUUCUGACAAAUGUCAAGAGUUUUUUUUAACUCAGGACCUGAGAAAUCCAUUCCUGCCAUGUGGAAUAAUGCCAGUCCCUGCUUCCCCAGAAAGUGUAACUCCAGGGCUGAGGGGCUGCAGAAGCGUUCACUGUUUAUAUUGUGAAAGCAAUUAUAUGCUAUUCCCUAAAUGAUUGUAGAAAUUCCUACUGUCUGGCUGUGAAUUUGCUAGCUAUUAGCCUUAUGUGUCUUAUUUUCAACAUUGCUGACUCUCUGCUUUCCAUGCGAGUUGCCUGUCUCAUAUUACAGUGUUGAUGCUGUGAAAAGGGGUGGGAUUACUGUGAGAAGAUCUCAACAAGAUUCAUUAGCCCUGCGACCUGUGAGGAUGCAGACUGAUCCAGUGUUGGGAAAGUUACUAAAACAAAAAAAGGUUAUCCACUACAAAUUAAUAAUUAAUUAAUUGUAAUCAGAUUAUCACAUUACUAAUUACUUUUAAGGUUCUUUCUAAAACACUUCACACUUCACUUUUGCUCAACGAAUUAAAAAUUUCCUCAUUGAUGCAUCAAAGUUACACACAGCACUUGUUUCUUCCUUAAAAUGAAUAGUUAGAGACUUACUGUAACAGAAAUGCAAACAGAUGUACAUAAGAAAAGAAUUCAUUUUUAAAAUGUUUUCUACUUAAUAUAAUUUUAGAAUUAUGUUUAACCCAAGUAAUGUUCUUAAAAGUAAUUAACUUAAUUGAAAGUCAGUUAUCUGAUUACAAGAAUUUAAAAUGCAAUGUGUUACACUUCUUUUUGACUAAAAAAGUAGAUUACAGUAAUUUGUAAUCAGAUUACACUCAACACUGGAAUAAUCAUACUGGAAAGUUUGCCACAGGAGGUUGAAUUUUUUUGUCUGCUAGAAUCGGUCUAUGCUUUCCGAAUUUCUGAACAGUUCCGGCCCACUAUCUUUUUGAACUGUUGCCUUCUGGUAGGCGCUACAGAGCACAGAGUACCAGAACCAUCAGGCACAAGAAUAGUUUUUUCCCUCAGGCUAUCCAUCUCAUGAACAGUUAAAACUGCCCCAAUGAGCAGUAAUUAUGUGCAAUACACAACUUAGUCUAUAUUUAUCCACCAUACCCUACCUCUUCUGCCAUUAUAUUCCCUUGCACUGUACAUAACCGAUUUGUAUUUGUAUUUGUAUUUGUACAUCCAUAUAUAUAUUUUGUCUUAUUGUGUAUUUCUAUAUAUACUUAUAUUUUCUAUUCACUUUUUAUUUUUAUUCUAUUUUUUUUUUUAUUAUCUCUGUGUUGUAUUUUUUGUACAUUGGAAGCUUC